CAUUGAUCAUAAUGACCUAAAUGUAACUAUGCCGCCAUUCUAAGAUACCUUUCGUGUCCGUCCUUUCAGUUAAUAUUCUAAAAAAAGACACUUGAAGAAGAGGGGUAUGGACUUAGAAAUGCAACUUAGGGCGGCGGAAGCCCGGAGGAUCGACCUAGAAAGACAACAUGCAGAUGCCCUUCAAGCUCUCAGAGGCUGCGGACCGGAAACACUAGAAGCUAGACAAUCAAGAGUAAGGGAGCUAGAGAAGAAAGUGGCACUAGAAACAGUCAGGUGUGAAGAAUUGCAGUUAGAAUUAGCAUCAUCACAUAGAGGAAGAAUGGGCACGAGCAUGCAGUCUGGUCAGAUGUCUAGCGGCAUGGGUGGCCAGUCCUGGGGCAAUAAAGGUACUGAAAUAGAACGAAUUAUGGCUAAAAUAGAACAAGAUAACAGAAUAUUAGCUGAGUUAGACCAUAGUCGUUCUACAACUUUGGGAGCUGGUUUGGCAACGAGUGUAAGUUCCCAUGCCUUAGGAGAAUGUAGUCCACCUAUUUCUCCCAUAACUAUGUCACACACUACGCCAAGUAUAUAUCCAACGAUUAACACAGGAAUAGGACAAAACGCAUCGUACCAUGGUACCACAAAUUUAUCGGGAGGCUAUAUACCUUCGAAUACAGUUAAUGUGGGUGGUUACAAUCCUAAUGCAACACAAUAUAAUAGUUUGAGUCAUCAUUACAGUAACAAAAGUGCCAUGAUGGGUACUACAAUGAAUAGUCUCACUCAGCAUUCUAUUGGAAUGGGCGGAACGUUGGGGCAGAAUAGUGUAUUAGGUUCUUCUCUGCCUCCAAAUCUUUCUUCGAUCGGCACCGGUGUUAUGGGUACUCUUCCGUCUAAUUUAGGACCUUCCAUUGUCCCAACCAGCUACACCCAAACCGCCAUAUCUAACAAUACAUAUGCUAAUCCCUUAACGAACAUUCCAACUGGUCUACAACAGACCUCUUUCAAUAAUCCAUCAUUCAGCAAUCCUGUAACUAGUUCACUGACUCAAUACACGCUUCCCUACUCUAACCCUAUAAAUCCAGUUGUGUCGACAAGCUUUGCCAACAAUAACGUAACGUUCUCAAAUCCUUUGAGUUCUCAGUUCAACAGUUUACCUAUUUCUGGAACGUCAAUGAAUAUAAAAUUGAAACAGAUUGAUGACGUCGAUAUUGGUACCAGGCGUGUAGCUACCCCUGUUACUCCACACCCACCGCCCCCAUGGGGCGGCACAACAAUGUCUGGAAUAUCAGAUUUGAGACCGAGGAUGCUUACAGAUGGAAUCGACUCAGACUGGAGCACCCUCCAUACUGGAGGCGAUAGAAAUUUUCUGAAUGGGCAGAUGAAUACCGAAGGACAAGUGGAUAUGCUAGACAUUCCUGGAAAAGGUCGAUGCUCAGUUUAUAUCGCAAGGUUCUCUUAUGAUGCCGAGCCGGAUGCAGAAGAAGAACUGAGUAUCCAGGCGGGUGAUUAUCUCCUCGUUUGGGGUGAUCCGGUAGGGCCUGGAGGAUAUCUUGAUGCUGAACUAUUAGAUGGUAGGAGAGGAUUAGUACCUUCGCAUUUCGUACAAAGAUUGAUAGGCGAUGAUCUUCUAGAGUUUCAUCAAGCAGUAUUGAGUACUUUGAGAGAAGAGGAAAUUAAUCAAGAAAACUUCGCUGCUGACGUACAACGACUUAAUGAGAUAGCAGAAAUGACUGAGGCUCACGAAGACGAAGGUCCCGAAGGUGAGAUAGUACAACUGCAUCAACUGCCGGCACCACGACAGUUGACGCUAGAACGGCAGCUGAAUAAGAGCGUUCUCAUUUCUUGGACAGCUCCGGAGGGCGUUGGACCAGGAAACCAUAUAGAGAGUUAUCAUGUUUACGUGGAUGGUGUACUCAAAGCAACAAUAAAAGCCACAGAAAGAACUAGAGCUUUGGUGGAGGGAGUUGAGAGCAAUCGGCCACAUCGAAUCAGUGUGCGAUCAGUUACUGCUAAUAGAAGAACUUCAAGAGAUGCAGCUUGCACUAUGAUAAUUGGUAGAGACACUCAUUCUUUGGGACCCAGUGCGGUGAGAGCUUCGAAUAUAACUUCAACGUCAGCGGUGAUAAGUUGGUUGCCAGCGAAUUCAAAUCACCAGCAUGUAGUUUGCGUUAAUAAUGUGGAAGUAAGGACUGUAAAACCAGGCGUUUAUCGUCAUACUAUCACCGGAUUAGCUGCUAAUACACAGUACAGGGUCACUGUAAGAGCAAAACAUCAUAGAACUGCACAAAAUGUGGCUAAUUUAGCUGAAGAAUUACCUAUGCCGGCAGCAGCUCAUACCGAUUUUAGAACUCUACCAAAAGGUUUACCAGAUCCACCGAGUGAUAUUUUAGUCGAACCAGGUCCACAAGAUGGAACACUCUUAGUUACUUGGCAUCCCAUUUUAAACCCUCACCAUCCGGGAUCAGCAAUAACAGGUUACGCUGUAUACGCCGAUGGAAAAAAAGUUACUGAUGUCGACAGUCCUACCGGUGAUCAUGCACUUAUCGAUAUCAGCAAGUUACUUGGUUUAAAUCCUAAACACGUAACUGUACGCACUAAAGCUAGAGAUAGCCAGUCGACCGAUAGCGUUCCUACUCCUAUCCCGCUUAGUGUUCUGAGAGGCGGAGCUGCGAAAUCUAGACAACAACCACAUUCUGCAGUAAUGCCUGCCCAUCUUCGACAACAAAUGCCAAGACAACAACAGCAACAGUCAGGACAACAGGUUAUCGAACCAGAGGAAAAUUUGAGUGACAAAGAAAUAUUUCCCAAUUCCACUGGUCAUCGACAACAGGGAGGAAUUCCUUCUAUUGCACAACGAUGCGUUGCAGAAAUAACUAAAGAAAAUUAUGAGGACAACAUGUCCGAAGACGAAUUGUUAGAAAGACGUAAUCAAAGACAAUAUCAACAAAGAAAUCAACAAAGGCAAGGCCAACAAAGAUCAGAACAACAGCAGCAGCAACAACAACAACAACAACCACAGCAACAAGUACAAUCCCAGCAACAACAGUAUUAUCAGCAACCUCAAGCAAUUUCAAGGGACCCAAAUAGUCGUAUGCCUCAACAGAUACGUAAUCAACAAAUACAAAAUAUAAGAGGAGGUCCAAACAACCCACAGAGCAAUCCAGGUAAUCGUCCAGAUCCUCAAAAAAGAGCCAGAUGGUUCGUUGCUUUGUUCGAUUACGAUCCUGCUACAAUGUCACCAAAUCCAGAUGCAUGUGAUGAAGAACUGCCUUUUUCGGAAGGAGAUACUAUCAAAGUUUGGGGAGAUAAGGAUGCUGAUGGUUUUUAUUGGGGUGAAUGUAGAGGAAGAAGAGGAUACGUUCCGCAUAAUAUGGUGAUGGAAUUAGAAAGCAACCAAAAUAGAGACAGAUGGGGUGACAGCUUAAGUAAUAUGCCAGUUAAACGGAUGGUGGCAUUAUAUGACUAUGAUCCCCAAGAGUUGAGUCCUAAUGUUGACGCCGAGCAGGUAGAAUUGAGCUUCACUACGGGCCAAAUUAUCACUGUCUACGGAGAUAUGGAUGACGAUGGGUUCUAUAUGGGUGAAAUAGAUGGCGUACGCGGAUUAGUACCUUCAAAUUUUCUAACAGAAGCUCCUGAUCAGUAUGGUGCAGGACAAACAUCUCAACAAGCUGUACAAAGGGGUCAAAGGGGAAGAGGAGUUGGUCCGGGAGCCAGAGGACCCCCACCUCCACCGAGAGAAAACCAAAUACGUGGAAGGAAUAAAGAUGCCUGCCUUCCUGUGUAUACCUCUCAGUUAGACUCGCUGAACACGUCUACGACACCGAACACUAUCACCGAGCACCAGCAGGGGAGAGCGAGAGGCAUGCUGAGGCCCGGUGGUAAUCAACAACAGCAACAGUCGCAACAGCAACAUCCUCCACUGCAACAACAACAAUCUUUCGGUGGUCAGCAAACUAGUACGACCGCGUCUAGUGGCGGUGGUCUCUUUAGUAGCCUGAUGGGCUCAAGCCAAUCUCAGCAACAACAACAACAAAAACAACAAUUCUCCAAUCAGAACCAAGCUUUCCAAAAUCAAAACCAAGCAUUCCAAAACGCAAAUAGAAUACAGCAUAAAGGCGUUCCUCAAGUAGUGCCGAAUGUGAUUGGCGGUGGACAAAUGCCCAAUAAUCAACAAACUCAAAUGAACAGUCCCGGUGCGCCAAAUUUAAUGCAGAAAUUAAACGAAAUCACGGCUCCUGGUGGUGAUAUAUUAUCCAAAGGAAAAGAACUUAUAUUUAUGAAAUUCGGGUUAGGAGGAAAAUAACCAUUUUAUAUUCUUUAAUUGUUAUUUUUGUACCACGCUGUUUUUGGAAACCUUCUUAAAGAUUUCUUCCAUCUUUCAUGAACUUUUGUGAUAAAUUUAAAUACGAAAAGUGUUUAAGGCAUUAUUAUGGUUUUUGUAGGUGAAUGGCGUUACUACGAUGUUACUACCUGAAAUCAGUGUUAUAUGAAGUAUUGAUGUGCUGUAGAUAAUUAAUAAUUCAAAGAACAUAAUCAAUAGAAAAUGAAAAAAUGGUUAAUCACCAUUCCUACUUAUUUAAAUUACAACUUAUUAUCAGAGACCAAGUGGGUCUAUCAUAUACAGAUAGGAAUAUUCCUUAAAUGUGUUUUUGAUCACUGGCAUUUGUAUUACCAUUUUCAUGAUUAUCAUAAAAAACUAAAUUACCAAUAAAUUAUAAGGUUUUUGAAUUUCCAUCUGUAAUUCGUUAUGUAGAUUAUUGUGAUUAUUACACUGAAAAUUGUCUGAAAUUGACAAAACUGGCUUCUGGAGCAAGGGGAUAACUGUGUUCCACCUAUCCUAUCCUAUCCUAUGUUUGCACCCAUAAUGGAGGUUCCAUAAAUACUUUCCUCAUGGUGUUAAUGAAAUUGAUGGGAAACUGAUUUUUUUAUAUCUCUUUUUUAUCUAACUCUUUUAUAGCAACUAAGGUUCCAUUGGAGCAUAUCAGAAUACCUAUUUUUUGCUAUAUAUCAGCCGUCAACAUUUGUCAUCGACAUAAAUUAUUAAGUGUUUUCCAAUUUUUGAAAUUGUUUCUGAAUUCAGCAACAGUAUUUUUACGUAAAUGCUUUCUUUAUAAUUGAUUUCCUACAAUACAAGAAAGCUUGUAAACUAAGGGUAUAUCGUUGCGAGCAUGGUCUUAGAUAAAUCGAACUUUUUUUUUAAAUUUUUUGCCAAGUUUGUUGUCAAAGCUUCACAAAGUUUUUGCCUUAGACUUAAUGGUGGUUUUCCUAAUUCCCACUGUAGACUUUUCAGUUCAAUUUUGUUCUAAAAGCUCCUAGUAAAAUCCUGAGUGUGGAGUUUUGGAUUAUCUCGAGUUUGAUUGACGACGGUUUUGUUUGCCGAGUCAUAUGAUAUAAUCUAAUAUUGAUCUAUUUCUAGUGAGCUCCUUCUGCAACUUAAUUUACGUUGUAAACGUUGAAGGCAUACAUACUAGUUUUGAUGCCGUUUUCACAUGCUUAAUUCCAUCAUGGAAUUGGAACUCUAUCCCUAAUUAGCUAGAAGAUUUUAUAGUCAAGACUGGGCGAAUUUCUUUUCAUGUAGUAAAAUAAAAUAAAAUGGUAGUAAAAGGAAGCAUCCAAUACAGUGAGUUGUUAUUAGGAAAAAUUGUUUCGUUACGGUAGGUUAACCUUUAAACAUUUCCUUAAUUUUUAGUUAACGUUAUUUGCUGGUGGUAGAUGCUUAUGUUUAUAUUUUCUGAAAGUUUUAAGUUUAAAGUUUCAAUAUCUUAUCAACUCUUCAGCCCAUAAUGAAUAAUAGGGAAGUAAGAAUAAGCCUGUCAGUACAUUUCCAAUUUCAGAAUGUCAUUAUUUAACAACAAACAAUAAUAAAAAAUUCGAUUUUUUAUUGUAAACGUAGAAAUGGAGUCAAAAUUAUAUCAAAAUACUAUUACAUAUUGUAUUUGGAACAAUAUCUGGUAAUACAAAUGCCUACUGACACACAAAACAAAAUGAGAGUUGCUUCAUUUCAGUCACUUGAAUGUUAUGAAACAGUCUGUAUAUAUUUGCCAGUACUCUUGACAUUACCAUAUAACUAAAGACAGUUGUCAAGAUGUGGGAAGUGGCUUGGAUAUCAAAGGGUAGUUCUUAACUAGAUUUUUGUGUAAUACUUCUAAUUUUAUGACAGUCAUUUUUCAAUUUUGGAUUAUAACAGAUACUAGUCCCGUGAAGAGUGUUUAAAUAAGCUCUGAAAAGUUACACCACUUUUUUCCAUACUGGGGUUGACUAUUGUUCUAUUUCGGAUAGAGUCAACAAACGAGGAGGCUCAGGGAAUUCUUUUCAUAUAUAGACGUACUGAAACUUGCUUGUAUUUCUGCAACAACGGCUACAAUGCGAUGAGUCAUAGAUGGAGAACUUUUUUUUGAAAUUCACAUUCAAUUUAGUCAUUAUCAAAAACAGGAUGUUUGUAUAAGUUGCGAAACUAAUUUCUAUGUAUCUCUGCAAACUUUGUUUAGUAAAUCCUAUGAAUUCUCCGAAAAAAGGGAUUUUUUGGACUAUUUAAAACAUACGACUACAAAGUAAUGUAAACUAUCUGUUUCAAAACGUUUUAUCGACUGUAAGAAUAUUAUGAUUUGUUAAAGCUUGUGAAAGUGAAAGGUUAAUUUUUAUUCGUCAUAUAUUUAUUUCGUAAACUAUUUAAAAAGUAGAGGGAACAAUAAAUAAUUCAAUCUAACUGCUUUAUUCAAUUGUAGAACAUAUUUAGGAUCAUAUGAUUGGAUCGAUGAUAUUUACUACAAUCAUUUGAAGUAUUGGUUAGCACAUGUAUGAAUUACUUCAGUUGGCACACCAGAGAAGUACGUACUAUUAGACUUGCCUCUUAGGCCAGUCAUAUCUAUCACUAGAAAUCGCUUAAAUCGCAAACUAACGGCUAGCUCUGAAUUUUCAUCUAAAACGUUAAAUGAGAGGAAAUAGAAAUAGUGCAAGUGUAAAGUGCAUCUAAAAACCUACUUUGGAUAAACAUUAAUGCAAUGAGAAAUUGUGAAAUUAGACAUCUUUUGGAAGAAGAACGAUAGAAAAUGACAAUAUUUAAAGGAUAUUGAAAAAUUAAGAAAACGCAAAUGCUUGUUAGGCAUUUGAAAAGAGUUUGUUGUUAGGAUUCGUUUUCAAUUUUACGAAAGAAUUUUAUGAAGAAACCACUGUUAAUGUUUUUGAAUAAUAUUCCAGAUAUAUUUAUUAUCGACCAAUAUUUUGUUUGUUUUGGACAUUGCCAGUUAAAUGAAUCUCAAUCUGACCAAAGACCAAAGAAAUAGUGGCGGAAGAGUGAUUAAUCAAAAAACGUAUUUAUUCAUGUAGGUGUGUAUUUAUUUGUAUUAAUUAUUUAAUUAUUAAAUUUAAUAUAAGUCUAAAUUCAGUUCCCUUGUCAUUGAUGUAUAAAAUUAAUGUUUAAUACAUUUGGAUUUUCUCAUUUACAUUUUAUGGUACAUUAGAGGUUUUCUUAAGCUAGUCAAACUAAGAUAUAGUAAAUAUUCAAAUAACAGUUCCAGAAAUUUCAACUAUGUUCACAAUUUUAAGAAAUCGGGACAAGCCGUUAGCUCACGAUGCAAUGUUUGAUAUGACGUGCCUAUCCUCACUGCCUACUUAGAAGAGGUCAGCAUUAUGUUGAUUUUCUUAUUAUUUUCUGUAUUAUCCAAUAUAAAUAUAUAAACCUUUAUUACAUAUAUUCUAAUUCAUAGAAUGAAUAAAUUAUUGUAUUGUUUAUAAGUCUUCAGUGCAAAUGGCUUCUGUGGUAUUUAAAACAACAGCUGCUCAUGAUCGAAGAAAUUAGGAAUUAAUACGUAGCGCUUCGAUAGCUUUAAUUGAAUAAUUGAAUGAGCAUAUUAUGGGAGCAUCAUGAGCUGCUAUUGUGAAGAUCGCAUCUGUUGAAAUCAUAUCCUUAUCACUUAAUAAAUGUGGGCUGCAAUACUUUCUUAACAGUAUUAUCUAUCUCUAGUAUAAGUUAUGAAAUAUUCCAUUCGAGUCCUAAUUACAAAAUAUAUUGAUCAAAUUAUACAUUGUUAAUGCUUAAAUUAUUGGGAUAUGCUUAUAGUUUUAUAAAUAAAUUGUAAAUAUUAUUUACAAAUAAGAGUUCCGAGAAAUGUCUAUGAGAAGAAAAAAUUGAACAUCAUCAAUAUAGUCAAUAUUCCAUAAUUUGUUUUUCUCAAGAGAAAUUCACCUUGGAUUACAAUGUCAGAAUAAUGAGAAAAUUUUCUUCUUUUCAAUCCAUUAACUUUUGAAAAUAGUAUAUUCAUUUAUUUCAAUCUAUUUCUAAUCUGGUGUCCAGUUUCUUUAACUUUUACUUAACUAUUACAAGAAAACUUGUUGAGUCACUUCUUUUCGCAACACCAAGAAUUUUGUUGAGAUAAUUUUUAAGGAAGAAGAAUUCAAUUUAACUGUCUAAGAACAUUUGCUAUUUCCUAUAACGUUUUUCUCGUGUUGACCUGAAGAUUAUAAAAAUUGCAAUUAUAUACCAGAUCCCAUUUUGCGUGAAAUAUAUCAAUACAGAGAAAAAAAUGAUACUUACGAUAAUGUUUACAAUUUUAUUUCUUUUGAACAUAUAGUAUAAGAACAGUUUAAUGAAACCAAAAACAAGACUUUCAUCUUUCAUCGUUUGUGGUCUCUAUAUCGCCGUUUUCAAAAAUAUAUCGCUCCUUUUCGACAAAUGUGUCAAAUUAAAUGUCGGUCGUGAUAAAAAAAAAUGCGACUUAUAUAUGCAUAAUAUCAUAUAGGUCCAUACUAUAGAAGAAGGAAGGAAACAUCCAUUAUGUUACAUACUCUCAAUUCAAUGUAUUCUGCAUGCAAUUGUGAAACACGCGAUUGUAUAUGAAGCUCUAUAAGAUCAAUCCUUCUUUGGUUAUUCAUAUAUUUUGUCAGAAUUCUGAAAAAAAUUUGAUAGAAAUCAUUGAAAUAUUAGAUACUAAUAUUAUUUUUUUUUUAAUUAUGAAAACUAUACAUACUGUCGACGUGGAUGGAGUCGUAUAUUAAGUAUUAAGUAUUAUGAUCUCUUAGCACUUUACGAUAGACAUUUUACAGAACUCCAGUACUAGUAUAAUAUUCAAUUCAAUUGAUAAAAAAUCAAUUGGAGUAUAUGAGUAAAAAAUAUAUAUUAGUAAGGACUCACAGUCAGCUGAAGAGGGUAUUUUGGGAAAAAAUCGAUAGGGAGUCUCAAUGAUAUUGUAAAAAUUUAUAUAAUCAAAUCUAUUUCUGUCAGUGAUGUAAUCCAAGGAAGAAUAUUUAUUUGGCAAAUACAACAAAGAAAAAAUAGUAUAACUCUAUCAAUUUUUUUGAUUUCUUCACAUUAUAUUAGAAAUAUGUGCUAUAUAGUUAAAAUCGCUUCUUGGCGAAACUUCUAAUCAACAUAAAUUAUCCUUUUUCAUAUUACUGCCAAAGUAACUUGAUUUUUAUCAUUACAGCCAACAUUUUCAUUAGUGCCUGAAUAUGUUACCAGUUAUUAAGUUUAUUGACUAUUUCUAUUUUCAUUCAUUAUAAAUUUUGUUGAAAAAUAUCGAACAAAAAUUGGAUGAACUAUUAAAGAAUUGAAUUGAACCGGUUACAAUGAAUUUUUCAACUUAAAUCUAAAUGUAGUUCAAACAUUUUAUGGUUGAUACGUAUCAAAUACGUAGUUGGUUACUUUCAAGGUCCCAUUAAUAUACUAUUUACAUUUUGGGAUUGAGUUCUUAACAAAAUACUGAUUGAAUCGAAUGGGCCUCUAUUCAAUAUAUAUUCUGAAUUAGGAGAAACUAUAUUUUGACCAAUAAUAAGUACUGCAGCAAAAUUAUUAUAACUUCUUCUGAUAAGUAAAUUUUUAUUACGUAUAUGAUCAACAUGUGUUUUCUCCAUAAUGCUAAAAUUAUAAGUGAUAUUUUAAUCCAAUCUAAAUCCAUCAUUUUUUUUAAUUGAACUUAGAAUACCUCAAUUAUACGUGUGAUUUUUAAUGAAUAGUAACAGAACAACGGCACACUAAACAAAAAAAUAUUUGGACCAAUAAUUCGAAAACUGAAAACUCAUUGAAAGAGAAAACAGAAAAUAUUUGGAGAAAUAAAUCAAGUCAAUAUAUGAUAAUAUAAUUGUAAACAUUUGUAGAUAACUUUAAUAUGUUUAAACUGAUGAUAGAACAGGAAUUUUUUGUUUGCAACCUUCCUUGGUCACUAGACAAUCUUUGAUGAUAUUAUUAUUAUGAUGAUAUUAUCGGUGCAAUGUUCAUAUUACAUGAAUUUCACAAUUUGUGGAAGCAUUGUCGAUCUUCAUUUUUUUCCUGAAUUAGAACUUUUGAAUAGCCAUGUUUCAAGUUGUAGCUUGAUGGCCAACUUGAGUACUUCCAAUACUUCUCAACGAGCUCUAAUAUCCAAGACAGAGAAAUCAAGUACAUUUGGAUGGACCAACGAUUCUCUGCUCGCAAUGGAAUUUUUUUGUGAAAAAAGAUUUUAUUAAUUUUCUUUACUGUGCCACGAUUGAUAUAAUAUUACUCAAACGCUUUUAGCAGCGACUUUUCUAAGAAAUAUGCCUGAUUUUUUGGAACCUGAUAAGGAAACGGUGUAAAAUAAAUCCACUGAGUCACAGCUUUUUUGUGCGUGAAAAUAAAUCGACAUAGAAAUGAAAUAUGCCCUAUUAUUAUCUAAUAAAAAAAUGAAAUGCGAAACGUGUACGAAAGAAACAAAAAAGUUAGAUUAACUCGUUCUGUGCUAUUUUUCAUAUUGUUUUCCUUGGGUGACGUAUGAUAUGAAACAUAAAGAUUUGUAAUGAAAUGUCGGUCAGCGGUACUUCAAAAUAAAAAUGACGUGACCACCGCAAUUGGAAAUUAUUCCAAAUCUAAUUUGACAGCUUUUUACUUGAGAUCAUACACAAAAUAACAGGAAUCCAUUUCAACUUACAGUAUUUUAAUAACAUACAAAAAUAUUUUUAUUAAAACAAGGAUAUCUAUCGAAAAAUGGUAGUACAUUUGUCCUUGUUUAGUUGCAACUUUGGGUGGUAGCUAAAAACACAAUUAUGCAUUUGCCAUGCAAAAAAGGCCACGUAAUGUUAAUCAAAAAAGCAUAUGAGAAGGAAUUUUUGAAUACAAUGUAAAUAUUAGAAUAUUCUAUUGACUUCUAAAGAUACCCAUACCAGAUUAGUAAAUAAGAUUUUUUGGCGAUAAGUCGCAAAAUAAUAUGAACAACUUAAAUCUUAAAGAAUCCCGUAUAUGUAAGUUUAAUAUUCAUGAGAAAUUAUUCGAUUUUAACUUGAAAUUGUAACAAAAGUCUCCUUUAUUAACGGCUCAAUGUCUCUUGGGUCACAUAUGUUGUGCCUGUGACCCAAUAAAAUAAAGGUUAUUCCAAUUUUUCUUGCAGUGUCGCUUCAAUAUUAUUUCAAACAUUUUCAAAAUAAAUUAAUGACAGCAUGUGUGCAAAUAAAAUGCUUACUUACCAGAAAAAUAUCGUUACCCAGCAGAACCACGGACGAAAUGGCUGAACAAUGAGAGUUCUUCUCGUGGCGUGACGGUAAUCACCUGAUCUCAAGGCGGCUCAAGAUACUCUGAAUCUCUUUCACUCUUGUGGAAAAUUAGUGGUAGUGACCCAGCGGAAAUGUGGCAAAUAAACAUUUAAUCAUGAUUUUGAUAAUAUCUCAGUACACAAUGCUCUAGCAAAAAUAACACCCGUUUAAGAAUAUUUUGACAAAAUAACUUAGUUUAGUUGAAAACAUUAAAGGGGGGAUGCAUAUUAGUAUGGAGCACGAAAAACUUCCUCGAUAAUAGAUCUUAUUUUUCAUUGAAACUAUGAAUUGAGUUAAAAUGAAAUGAUUUUGUUAGGUUGAGUUAAAAUGAAAUGAUUUUAUUCAAAAUCUCGAGAAUUUUCUACCGGACAAAUAUUGGCAAGAAAAAGUUGUCGACCCAUAUGCUAAAUCUGCAUAACUGUAUAGAGAAGCAUACUAUUUUACUAUCAACAAUUGAUUCAUUCGUGUAUGUAAUGUUGUAACAAAUGAAGUAUUUCCUUUAUAUCUUAAGAUUUUUUAUUUGAAUCAACUGGCCUAAUGGGAUUUUUCCAAAUAAAUUUUUAUUAUGUGGCAAGGCACAUUUAUUUCGAACAUAUACUUUUAUUUAUUAAGAAUAUAUAUAUAUAAUAAUAUUUGAAAUGAACAGAAAAUAGAUGGAUACUUAGAGAGCAACAGCGCAUUAAAGUUGAUUAUGGGUAGUCCUGUAUAUGAGUGAAAUUCUUAAUUUUUACCCUAGUGAACCUCAUCAAAUCUCUAGAAAAUGUCUCCUUCGAUUUAACCCUUAAAGUUUUAAAACAACUCUUAACGAUAGCUUCAAUGAAUUCUAAUUGAUUUUUCAUUAUAAAUAGUUUGAAUUUUAUAAAUUCGUAAACUUCAAACUUAAAUUGUUAUUUAAAAGGCUGGGAGCCAAAGUUUUCAAGAAAUUUUUUACGAAUGAGAAUAAAAAUAUUCAGAAAGAUUGUUGAAAAGAGAUGUUUUUACUGCUGUUACAAAUCUCCUUUAUACAUUGUUAAUAUAUAUAUAUAUAUAUAUAUAUAUAUAUAUAUAUAUAUAUAUAUAUAUAUAUAUAUAUAUAUAUAUAUAUAUAUAUAUAUAGGUUGUAGGUUUCAAAAACAGCCAUAAAAUUGGCACAACUGAGUUGAAUGAUUUGUUAAGCUAAGUAUCGUUAGUACUACUUUUGAGGACAUCUGUACGUUUUAUUUCUUUGUUUUGUAAGGCAUAUGCACAUUUUAUUUUGAGAGGCUAAUCUUACACAUUUUUUUGACACGUCAUGUUGAUAUGUUGUGCCUUCUCUUGUUACGCACAACUAAUUGCUUUUGGAAGUUUCACAGAACAAAUUAAAAAAAACUAUUGCUAUGGUAAUAUAGUAUUUUAUUUAUUAAUGUCACCUUCUAGCUAUUUAGUGAAACAAAUGGAUUUUCUCUUUUCCAUAGUAUAAAUUGGCAACUGCAAGUUUCAAGAAGUGAUAGUAAGUUUUGUUGUUUUUUUUUGUUUCCUUAAUCUUUGUUACCUUAAUCAUAUUUUGAUCAGAAUUUCAUUUAGAUUUUAAGAAAUCAAUAGAUUGUUUUACAUUUAUAACAAAAUCAAUAGUUCAUGUGUAUUGAUUAGAAUUCAAAAUAAAUAAUUUGAAAAAGUUACUCAUCUUUUCAAGUAUUUUGUCUAUUGCUUAUUUAGAUUAGUCUUAAUGAAUGGGGUCCAAUGAUUAUCAGACUCCCUAUAUUGAAGUUUUGUAACAUAUCGGGACCAAAUAUUCCAUUCAUUUUGUAUCAUUGUUACAACUGCUGAUUAUUUCCUCAAUCGUGAAUUUAUUGGUUUAGCUCAUGCAAGUGAACGCAAAUAUAAGACAAGAGGGUUUAUAUAUAUUUUAUUCAUAAAAAGCUUGGAGCAAAUAAUCAUUGAUGUCUUGAUCAGAAAAAAUAUGACGGUGAUCAAACGGAUAUUAUGGAGAAAGAGCCUUUGAGAAAAUAGAAUCUUGAUCACAACGAUGUUUGAUAUACCCACAUUCAAAACGAAAUAAGAAAUAUCCAGCUAUUUUCUAGUGGGAAAAAUUUGAGAUAGGAAUGCUGUUUUACUUGGAUACUAUAGAAAAUACUAAAUUUCCUUUCCGACACAUUGCUGCAAAAAAGUGAGAAUCCAAAUAAAUGCAGAAAAUUUUGAUUUUUUCAGGCAAUUAUGUAACAUGAGAGAAGCUGGUGAGAAAGUAGAUUUAUGGGAUCAAACUUCAACCAGGGAGUAGUGGAUAUCUUUUCAUAUCUCUAAAGCACAAUAGAACUGUCAAAAAUCAUAAAAGUAUAUCUAUAGGAAACACUGGUGGUCUGAAAUUUUUUUAAAGUUAACAUUACAAUAGACUACUGAUCGUGGGUAUAUAGUAGUUUUAUUGUUACAGUUAAAAAUAAGUAAUUGGUGUGCUAUGACAAUAUGAGAACAUACAAAAAGAAGAUGAAGUAAAUACACACCAAAUAAAGAAAGCUAUGACUAGCAUAGAGUUAUAAAAUAUGAUCGAAGCAUAACGGAAAAUGAUAAACGUGCCACUCGUGGUCAACAAAUGUGUGAAAAUUCCAAUUUGUCUAUUCAGUUUAUUUGAAUUCUCAGUGUUUGGAUGUCAUCACAUACUUUGCGGUUACGAUCUUCUGUUAAUCACGAGAUAGUUAUAAUUGAGUGUCUUAGAAUGAGAGGGGUAUAAGUGCAAUUUUAACUUUUUCGAGAUACUUGCAUUCAAACUUAAGCAACAUUAGAAAAUUUAUGAAAAGUGCGGGAAUGUUUAUUUAAAUUUAUUAUCUAUUUAAAGGUUCUUUGAAAAGUUUAUCAGAAAAGUACCAGUAAUCUUUCCAUCCCAAAAAUAUGCUUUCAUUUAAAAAAAAUAUAAACUUAUAAACAUUAUUCGUAAUCGUAAUACAAAAUCAAGUCCAUUUCAUGUGCUGCAUUUUCUUCUUCCUCUCUGUCGUCAUUUUCAGGUUCAUUUGGAGCUGGUAUAGUUUCUUCAUUACUAUCAUUUCGUUGGAUGAAUUUUGAUUUUUUGUUUCUUCUCUUAUCUGUUUUUUCGUAUUAAAUGUUUUUGUAAUAUUUGUGAUGUUUUGGAGAAAUGUAUUCCAAAAGUGUUUGCAAAUUUUUUCUCUUCAGCUCAUUUAUUUUAAAACUAUCUUUGUUUAACGGAAAAAACAUCUCUUCUAAGGGUCUUCCGGCCGAUUUAGAGAGACAAAGACAUUUGCUAAAAGAAACGUUUAAAUUCAAAGUACUAUUAUAAAAGGAAAGAAAUGUUACUGACUUUUUUGUAAGAGAAUUUCCUUACAUAAGUUUUGUCACAUUCUCAUUCUUUGAGCCUCCACUAGCGACUGCUUCAUCCCAAUUACACACAUAUUUGGUUAUCCUAUCACGAGAUUGUGUAUAUAAAAAUUGUAUGUCCUCAGUUAUCUAAGAAUUAAAUACUUUUGAUGUUAUGGGGAGGGUUGGUGAAGCUUGCUGAAGGUCGCAGCUAACCAUAUAAGACCGUACCGUACCUCUCUGUUGAACUAUUUGCCAUACCUUAGCAUUCCUAACUUUUUCUGCAUAUUUAAUGAUAGUAGCAAAAUUAUAACAUUACCUACAAGUGUUAGAAUUUGGGCGGUGGUAUUUCAAGUUAAAUUCUGUUUUAAAAACACAUCCAUAAUACGACUGUCUGACAGAAAUUACGCUUCUUUCCUUACACUGUUCAAAUAUACGAAUCGUACAUUUUCUUUGUCUGAGUUCCGUGUGUUAACAUUUAGAAAUAAACUUACGUGUUCAAUGCCAAAAUUUUGUUUUACUGGAUUCAUUUUUCUGGCAAAACCACGACAUAUCUUGUCCUUUUCGCAAAUACCAACAUUACUAUUUUUGUGACAAACCGUAGCAAAUAUUUUGUUGUUAAUGUCAAAGAUUCAAAGAAAGAACAUUUUGCAAACACUCUUAUUCAGCAAAAAUAUUACAGUACCGAAACUUUUACUUUUAAUUCCACUUAUUUUCUAUUUGAUUUGGUGUUUCCUUUAUACAGGAAGAUAAAAAUGAAUUCUGUAAAUCAUAAAAUUCUCAUUUACCUGUCUUAUCGACAUUUCACUUGCGCUUUCUUGUUUUAGAUACAGUCUUGUGCUCAUUCUCUAUCAUUUUUGUAAUUUCUGGACCUUUAACAGGUUCUUAAUCGCCAGAAGGCGAUGAAUCAGUUUCGGGUACAUAGUCACUUGCCUCAGCUAUUUUUUAGGGGUCGGGAAUAUCGCAAUCUUGAAAAGAGUAAGAAUAAAUAAUUGGAAGAACCUUAAAAUUUAAAUUUAGUAUCACAGUGUAGUACCUACCUUUUGUAUUAGAAGUAUCCAUAGCUAAAUAUGAUACCUAACACAAUAUGUAAAGGGCAAAAUCAGUAUUCUUACAAUAACGGUAACAACCAAACUGUCGUGAGAUGACUUGACCAGGCUAAAGUUGAAAAUUAUUGUUUGUUUGUAAAUGAGGAAUAUUAUUUUGAAUAAAAUUGGUACAAGCGACAAUUACACCUAUUCUACACCAAUUAAACCGCAGAAAUGAUUCAUAUAGUAUUUUAACUCAUCAAAAGAUGGCACUCAAAACAAAUAUUUCACUUGUAUCUGUUUUGCCCCAAUCAAAUCUUAUCUUUUGAUAUAUGCCCAUAUUUCCAAAAUAAAAGAAUGCACAUAUACCCUUUUUAUUUCAAGGCCAUCAAUUGAAUAUAUAGUAGGAAAAUUUAUGAAAAUCGGAGGUAUUUCCGUUAGGUGUAGAAUUUAUCAUAAAAUUGUGAAUAAUGAUCAUCAUGAUUUUUGUUGUGUACUACACUGUUUAUAUUGUAUAAUUCCUCUGAUAUAAAUGUCGAAUCGCUAAUUUUGGAAGUGAAUGCAAUAAAAACCAACCAAAUGCAAAUUAGCUUCUGUUUCUGUUUUUCAUUCUUUCUUUUUUCACAAAUCACAUUGUAUGAUUUAUAAUAUCCAAAUUGAAUAAUUACAUCGUAACUAUCGACUUACUGAUCAAAAAUUCAUUUUAUUUUGGAGACAAAUGUUAUGGGCUACCACCUUAUCUGACAUUUUUUCGAUGGAACAAACAAUUACGUCAUAGCUAUAUGCUGUGUUAGAAAUUGCAUUACAUCUGGUAUUUGGUUCGUAUAAGUUUACACAUACCAGUAGCCGUUUACAGCGCAUUUCUGCAUCUACUUCCGAUUACAAACAAGCUCAGGUAUUAAUCUGAAGAUGUAAUUCAAUAUCUCAGGUGGCAUUUAACCAGAAAAGUAUCAGUUUUCCCUUGAAGAAGAUGUCAGCCUUUGUUUUAGAAAUAUUUAAAUAAGAUAUUAGAAGUCAAGACAUUUUAUACAAAUAAUCGCUAUAUGUCGACAUUAAUUUUUCAUAAAAAAUGAUGAUGUUUAAGGUGAAACUUCCAAACAAUACUAAUGGGUAUUAUUAGCACUUUUGUGUUACACUUAAUUUUGUACAAAAACGAUAUAAAGUUAAUAAAUAUGUAAGAUAAAUUAAUUAUUAUAAAUAUUGAUGUUUAUCCUAAAUAUUAAAAUAUAGACUUUUUGUAAAUAAAAAAUUAAAUAUUAUAAAACUUUGCUUGAAAUAAUUCGAAACAUUGACAUGAAUUUUUUGCAAAGUUUAAGAAUAAUGUCUAUCGCCUAUUGGACUUCCUUGUAAAUAAUAACUAUUUCUGCUUGAAUGUUUGCAUAAAAGGCAUCAAUUGACAUUCCACGUUUCAUUUACUAUAUACUUUAUAAAUAUAUUCUUGUUCAAUUCGUCACUUCUACAAUUUUAUAUUUAUUGUAUUUAAUAUAUAAUAACAACGUUGUUUUAUACAGAUUGUUACGAUAUUCGACCAAUAUAACAUUAUAAGUAACAGUUCUUGACAAAUGAUAAAAAUUGAGUUAAUUAAUUUCUUUCUAGUCUCAUUGUCACACCUUGCUUUGCAAUUUUGUAGAGGGUAGUCUGAGAAAUAUAUGUCAAAAAAAUUGCUUCCUGGAUAGCAUCUCUUCUGAACAUUCCUCGGCUACACCAAAGCAUUUUUAGUUUUCAAAACACAAUAGCGUAACAGUCUUGAAAUACUUGAAAUAUACAUAAAAUUUAUUUGUCAUAUGGAUUAAAUUUCGGGCUUUUGGGGCUGUAUAAUGAUUUCCUGGUAAUUAAAAUUUUUACGAUACCUUCUAGGAGUAUUUUUUAUCAUUUUUCAAAAUGAUGAGAUCCAGUGUGUACUUUCCAUUACAUCCCGAAAUGCUAUUAACUUUCAUUAUUUCUAAAUGAAGUUUCCGGAAUAUUUUGUUUAGUAAAGAAAUUCCAAUAUGUUUUUAUCAAUAGGUAUUUGUUUAUUGAUAUAAUAUAUAAAUAAUAAUACUUUAUAAAAAGUAUUUAGACAUAGGUUUUAUUUAUUUAUGCUCCAUUUGAAUUAAAAAUUUCCUAACUGGUAAAUUUCAUUUCUGGCAAUUUAUUUACUAUCGUAUUCUACAUUAUUUUAUUCUAUAUACUUUACAUCGAGAGAUUAUAGGAGAUUGAUAAUUUUUUGAAUAUACGUAUGGACGAAGCGAUUUCAAUAAUAUUCUCGAGCAAAAUCUGUAAUAUUCUAUGGACUGUUACACGAGAACAAAUUUUUCAGCCUUACAAAUUUUAUUUUAUGCAUUAGAACCAUCAUUUGUAUCUGAAUCGCUAACAAAUAUUGAUAGUAGGGAAAGUUGCCAAAACAAAUUUUAUAUUAUAAAGAUUAAAGAAUUUAAUGUGAACCUAAUCAAUAGAAGCGCAUAUGAAUUAUUAUUGUUUGAUUGGGGUUUGUAUUAGUCGUGAUGGAAUACACUCGUGACCAGUGAGAUAACGAGACUUAUUUCAUUGGUUGACAAAACUUUUAUUAAAUCAAAUGAAAUAUUAAUAUAGAGAAGUCGGGCUAUAUUAAAUAUUCAAUUUAUAUUAUUUCAAAAAUUAUUAAGCUUAAGAUGAUAAAGCAUAAAUUAAAGUAAAGUUAAGAGGAAUUAAUCUGAGCAGUGUCCCAAUUAUUUUGCCCUAAGUUAUAGUACGCCACUGGAUAAAGUAUUUGAAGACCAAAUGUCGUUACUUGUUUAUCUUUGUUUGUGUACUAAACACACUGUUUACGCUGCUAAUACAUCAAUACUAACAAUUGCUUUGUCUGACUCACGUUUCGAUGACCAAGUUAUCUGUCCGUCUAUGAAGGCUAUAAUAGUUUGUCAGUAACCUAAAAAACUUAAAAAUCUAAGCGAAAGCUCAUUGGGUUCAGGAUCACCUCUGGAAAGAUGUUUUUGAAGGAUUUUGAGGCAGGUAAAAACUGCAAUUGUUAUCAACAAAGUAAGAUGAAAAAAUAGUAUUUAUUUUUUCUCUGUCUAUAAUUUUAAUUUGACGUUGAAAAUAGGGCUCUGUGCAGCAGUUACAGCGUGUGCGCUCUGCCGCUAAAGAGAGUUCAUCAGAUAAAAUAUUGUUUUUAUAACAUAAAAUGUCAUUUCAAAAAUUAGACAAAAAUUCUAGCACUUUCAUGAAUUGAAAACGUUGGAAAACAAGUUAUAUCACAAUUUUUCAAAAAGUUAUAGAAUUGUUAACUAUCAAAUUUUUUCCUAAUCUUCGUUGACAUAAAUAAUGGGAUAAACAGUAUCAAUAAUUGGCUUAUAAAUUUGAAACUUCGUGGAGUCCUCUUAAUUUUCAUGUAGGUACUUCAUAAAAUCCUGUGAUAAAACUUUUUAAAAAUGUAUUAAUUUGUUCAUUACGAUUUUCUAUAACUACUGAAAAACCAAUUAUUGAAAAAAUUAUUGUUAAUUAUCUUUUUAAUUGAUAAUUAGCUAUGCCUGUUUUCACAUAAAUCAAUCGCAGUAAUUAAUAUAGUUAUUUACGGUAAAAAUGGUUAAGCUUACAUACAGUAAUCAAACGUAUUAAUUAAAAUUAUUUUGAACCUUUCAGCAAAAAAUGUCACCUAAAUUUGAAAAAAAAUUUAGGAAUUAGUGUAUUAAAUUUGUGUUACUGUUCUUCGUGUCAAGAAUUUUCAAUAUUAUUAUAAAUGCAAUUCCAAAAAUGUUACCCAAUAAAUUGAAAUUUGCAUAAACUAACAUGAAUUGUCAGUUGAUACCAUUUUCUGAAUGAAUGCAAAAAAUAAUUAGUGAUUUGAAUGGUUGUGAAAAUGGUCACAUAUCAAAAAUUGGCCACAUGUUUGAAACAUUUCUGCGGCUUGUUAUCUAUUAUAUGUAUCAUACACUGUACCAAAUAAAAUUGAUAAUAAAUAAAUAACAUUUACAAAGCUA